UUUUUUUGCAGAUUCCAGAGGGGAAGCGGGCAGGCAGUGAAUGCGUAUCUUUUAUAGAUUAUUAGCAAAAUGGCGAUAUCACUAUCGGCACCAACACAUCUCAGUAAGCCUCGCAACCCGACGACAUGAGAGCAUAACCUCAAAGACGUUGAAUGGAAAAAUACAAUCGAGUAUAUCCCUCUUUGGGAAUGAAAGGGUUAACGGAGUAGAAGUGGGCACAGAUAACCCGCAGAUGUGGCGCAGAGUUGUGGCGUUUAGAUAACGACAUCCAGCUGACUGGGAAAUUGCAGUGGUGGACGCUUUGUCGCAGCGUUGGGAACGUCAGGUGCAAGCCGUUGCAUGGCGAGGGGACCAGCAGUGGAGUAGCCGGGUUGCUGGCGUGUACUGUAGCAUGCAUCUCCUUUGCGGCAGCAGCGGCGGCGCCCGGGCACGAGACUGGCGGAGUAUGGCUGCUGACAGCGCCUCAGUUCUUCUUGGGAAGAUGCAGCCGGGGCACCAUAGCUGCUGCACCAAUUGCCCCCUGUAAAACCCUGCAAGACAACGACGCAGAAGGAAAUCGGCAACCUAUAGCAAGAGGAGGAUGCGUGGAACACUCUGGAUAGCAGUCAUGACUUUAUCGUAUUUCAACCCCGGCUUCGCAUUCAGCUCUCAUUUCGACCCCGAUCAAAAGAAGAAGAAGAAUGUAUUCCUUGAAGCACUGGGCUUUCAUUCACUGUCUCAUCAUCAUCAUCAUCAUCAUUUUCACUCUACUUAACCUGUUGAGUAUCAAGGUAGCAACAUGCUGAGCUAGGCUGACCAGACCCCUCUGUCCUUAGCAUCCUGUUGGAGAAUUGCAACAUUGCAAUGGAACAUCAUUUCAGAUGCUUGUACUCUUGAUCUUAUUCUUUUGGUCACUAUCCAGAGCUGCUACCCAGAUGGUGCCCCCUUGAGUGAGCUUUCUUGGUCAUCAUCUCUGGUGGUGGUUGCAGUUUCAUUUUCCGGACUGUUCACUUUUAUCUUCCUCAUGUUGGCUUGCUUGUGUUGCAAGAAAGGGGAUAUUGGAUUUAAAGAGUUUGAAAACACAGAUGGUGAUGAAUAUACUGGUGAUCUAUCAACUCUUGCUUCUCCUGCCUCUCAAAAUGGUCCAGAGGUUUAUAUCCUGCCACUCACAGAGGUUUCACUUCCUGUUUCAAAGCAACCUGGGAGAUCAGUGCAGUUAUUAAAGUCCAAAGACCUGGCCCGACACAGUUUGCUUUACUUAAAGGAGAUUGGACAUGGCUGGUUUGGGAAGGUUCUUCUUGGUGAAGUCAAUGCUGGGCUUAGCACCACCCAGGUAGUGGUAAAAGAAUUAAAAGCUAGUGCAAGUGUACAGGACCAAAUGCAGUUUCUAGAAGAAACACAGCCUUACAGAGCUCUACAACAUCCCAAUCUUCUUCAGUGCCUGGCGCAGUGCUCAGAGGUCACACCGUACCUGCUUGUGAUGGAGUUCUGUGCUCUGGGUGAUCUUAAAGGCUAUCUGCGUAGCUUUCAGGCUGCAGACUCAAUGACCCCUGAUCCAUUGACUCUUCAAAGGAUGGCAUGUGAAAUAGCUUCUGGCCUUCUACACCUGCACAAAUACAACUACAUCCACAGUGAUUUAGCAUUGAGGAACUGUUUGCUUACUGCAGAAGUUACUGUGAAGAUUGGAGACUAUGGGUUGUCACACAACAAGUACAAAGAUGACUACUUUGUGACAGCAGAUCAGUUGUGGGUUCCUUUACGUUGGAUAGCCCCAGAACUUAUUGAUGAAGUCCAUGGAAACCUUUUGGUGGUGGAUCAGACCAAACCCAGCAAUAUAUGGUCUUUAGGAGUAACAAUAUGGGAGCUUUUUGAACUGGGCAACCAGCCCUAUAAGUAUUAUUCUGACAGACAGGUUCUUACCUAUGCCAUCAAAGAACAGCAGCUGAAGCUGCCAAAACCAGUUCUAAAGCUGCCUCUUGCAGAGCGAUGGUAUGAAGUAAUGCAGUUCUGUUGGCUGCAGCCAGACCAAAGGCCUACUGCAGAGGAAGUCCAUCUUCUGCUCAGCUAUCUGUGUGCAAAGGGGGCAAGUGAAGCAGAAGAGGAAUUUGAAAAGCGAUGGAAUUCUCUGCGUCCCAACAGUAGUAAUAGUGCCACUCACACCAGAAAUGCAUCUGCAGUUGAUUUGCCUUCAUCUUCCUCAUCCUCCUUUCCCUUGCUGGAACAGUUUUCAGGGGGAGACAGCUUCCAUGCAGAGGCAGGAGAUGAUAUUCUUACAGUCACAGAAACCAGUCAUGGCCUCAACUUUGAGUACAAGUGGGAGCAAGCCCAUUCUGAGCAGCAUUACCAUUCAUCUUCUACCAGUGGUACCUUGGGACAUGGUAAUCCACAUUACCAGGAUAUCUAUUAUCCCCCUGGUAGUGGUGUUAAAGGUAGCGCCAGCCUUACACUUGGAGUUUCCCCAUCUUAUUACGACUCAAAACAUUCCAUGCCUCACACACCUGAUGUGGUUCCAGUGCUUAGUACACAUAGUCCUUCGGUCAGCAGUGAGUACUACAUUCGCAUUGAAGAAUCCAAUGAAUGUAAUAUUGAUCUUGAUUACACUAUGUGCUCCUACAGCCCCGAAUUUGAAGGCAGUAACAGUAGUUUUAUGGGCUGUGAUGGUGGCAUUGGAGACUGUGAAAGCUGUCCUGCUGACAUUCCAUCUAGCUCUUUCUGGCCUGGGGAGUCUCACAAAACCAAUACAUAUGAUUCCGACAAUAGUCCAACCAUUUCCUUAACAAUGGAGCCACUGCUUGGUCAACUAUCAACUACUAGUCCUUUAGAGCCCUGGGAGAGUGGAGAGUAUUAUUCCUACAAAGACAGAGAAAGAGAUCAGAGUUAUUACUAUGAGAGAUCCUCAUCAGAUGGAGCAGAUGCAUAUCUUCUGGAAGAUAAUUCGGAACCCCAUAUAGAAAGUUGGGGAUCGAGAAGCCUGCGUCAAGCACUAGGGGAAUUAGAGGAUCCGUUGGGAGCUUCACCAUCAUUUAGUGUUCCACGGCAGAUCUACAGUGACCACUAUGAUGAACGAAGAGAUCUAACACUUACUAAGAGGGCAGCUGGAGAGUGCUACUAUGACAUGAUAGGAUCACUUAGGGAGACUUUAUCAAGCUCAAACUCCGUUUCCAUGAACACAGAUGGAGGUGACACCAGACAGUUCUUGGAUUCAAGGCAAAGUGGUUUUGAUGAGAGAGUAGGUUUUAGCGAAGACGAUACUUUUACUCGCGCUAAAUGCUGGUCGUCCAACAGCUCUGCCAAUAACAAUAGCCUAAAUUUUGCAAAGUGCUCCGGACAAGAUGUUUAUGAAGGCUAUGCAGAAUUUCAUUUCAUGACACCAUCUAAUGAGCUCACAGAGCCCUGGCGAGGAUGUGACAUUAAAGAAAAUCUUUCAUUUCCCUGCUCCAGUUCUUUUUCCUAUCUAACGACAGCACAAACUGAUCAUUCGAGCAUAUCUAUGAAUAAUGAACAUAAACAGUUUCCAUUCGAUGGGUGCAACAGUUGUCUCCAGCUUUCUCCUAGAAUAGAGGAGGACGUAUCACCCUCUGUACGAAAGCACCCUGAAUUUUUGGAUCCACUUUUGGGGGCAGUUGUCAAGAGCUAUACACUAACUGAUUAUAAAAAACUGAAGGAAAAUGUGGGGCUCCAAAAUGAAAAUAACAUAAAUUCACCCCCUGCUCACUUGGGUCUAGAAAACAUGCUAAAAAAUGGGGUAAAUAGUAAUUUGCUUGCCAUGCAAAAUGGGGAGAGCCCCGUGGAUGAAACAAAACAGCCUGUUGAUCCAGGUCUUGUUGGAGAUUCCUGUGAAACCGAUGGGAAGACUGAAGACAAUGCUUCCAAAGAACUGAAACAGGCAAACAGUAUCAAGUCUCCUUUAUCAGAGGAAUCCCUGAAUGAAACAUCACUUCACACCAAUACAGAAAUGCCCUCAGAAUCCAGUAAAACCACUGACAGUGGACUGGAGAAGGACAACUCUAGUGUAAGCCUAGACGAGAAUGACAAAUACAGUGAUGACAUUACGGAUGUCACUUCGGGUAUCUUUACAGAUUUUCCAGAUACAGUUGACGCCACACCAGCAUUUAAGUCUCUGCAGAAACAAGUUGGAACACCUGAUUCCAUGGAGUCUUUAGAUAUGCCUUCCAUCUGCUCUGGUGAAGUUUUUAGUCCAACCAAUUUCCACUCUACCAGCCAGCCUAAAGCACUGGAUAGUGGCUAUGACACAGAGAACAACGAGUCCCCAGAGUUUGUUCUCAAAGAACCUCAUGAGCCCCGUGACUCUGAGAGUUUUACACAGCCCUUGGGGAAGUCUGCUGUGAGUGGAGAAAUAGGAUAUGAGGAUACAGGAAAUGGAGCUGGAAUAAAUUCAGUAAUGCUUUUGUCAUCAUGUUGCACUCCAGAGAUAGAGUUGAGAGGGCUGACUGAUAAGAAUCCAUACAGAGACUCGGCUUAUUUCUCAGAUUAUGAUAAUGAAAGUGAAAAAUGCUGUCAAGAGCCAGGGGAUGUGUUCCAAGAGAAAUUGUCCAACCAUAUGAAAACUGCAGGCACAGAAAAGGAGGAGAGUUUCGCUGUUCUAGAAAUGGGGGACAGCAGUCUAGCUGUGGAAGGAAAAGACAUGGAAUCACAGCAGAACCAAAUAAAUAAGAAGGAACUAGAGCAAGGAAAUAAUUCUGAGCAAACCUUAAAUGAUCAGACACAUGAUACAGAAGCAAAUAGUGGAAGUGUGACUGAAAUUACUACAGUUAAUGAUGGCAUAGAAGCAGAAUUGAUUAUUGUUCCUUCUCUAAGUCUUUCUCAGUCUACUUCAAAAGAUGUCACGUGUUUAACAAAGGAAUUGUCAUCUGAUGAAGUUUUGGCAAAGGAUAUAGAAAUCCUGGUAGAAAAGCCUGAAUCCACUAGUAAGUUUAUUCCUGAGGUAAAUCCUGGUUCACUUGAUGAAGCACUUUCUAGUUCUGAGAAGGCUACUGUCGAGAGUUUUGGCACUGAAUGUCAAGAAGCAGCUGAAGACAAAAAUGAGUUAUCUGACCACAAUGAAAAGAAAACCGAAAAAGACCAAAGAACGUGCAAUGGAGAAGCAACCUCUUGUGAACUCCAAAAGGUGGAUACAACUCCACACACGUCUUUGGAGUCGUUUAGUGAUCCAGAAUUGGCAGCAAAAGAAGAUCUAACGCUUGAGCACCCCAAAGAGAGCUUGGUGAGACAUUCAGUCCGUUCUCCACCACCAGAUCAUUUGCGGAUGGAGACUAGGGUUUCACCAGCAGAUGGUGAGGAGGCUGAUGAGGAGGAUGGUGACUCUGAUGACAGCGAAGAAUCAGAUGAGGAACUCUGUUGUUACAACAUCCAGGAACAAAGUGAGGAGAGUGAAGAGGAGUUUCCUACAGUGCCUGUUGUGAUCAGUGACAGCAGUGAUGCCCAGAAUUUGCGCAGUCUCCUCAAAAUGCCCACCUUGCUCUCCGAGUCACUAUGUGAGGAACUCGAUCGCAAGAAGAAAGCAGUGUCUUUUUUUGAUGAUGUCACAGUCUACCUCUUUGAUCAGGAGAGUCCGACACGGGAGUUAGGAGAGCAAAGCUUUCCUCAGGGUGCAGAGGCUAGUGGCCACUGCUCUGGGACUGGCAUAAGUUCUCAAGAUCGAAUCACUGCUUCUGACGACUCCUCUGAUGGCAAUAUCUCAGAAGAGAGUGGUGGGUUUGAGUGGGAUGAUGACUUUCCACUGAUGCCUGUCAAGUCUUCAGUGAUAGCAUCUUUGGGUCCUGUCAACACUGAGCCUUCCCUCAGCUCUGGUUCGUCCACGGUGCCCUGUGAGACAAAGCUCGGACCAGUAACAAACUAUUCUCGUUUCACAGUUUCAACACCCACAGCCUCUCGAUUCUCAAUUACGCAUGUGUCAGACUCGGACAUCGACUCUGUGGGAGGAAGCAGUGAAGACGGAGAGAGAGAGUGACCCCCUGCCCAGAUGAGUGGACAAGUUUCAUUCAAGGCUCCAGUCAACCCACUCUUCAGACUGGCACCUUUUUCAUGGGAUUAUAGGUGGAACUUUCACCCUAGCAAUUCCCAAGGCUGUGCCUCAUAAUGCAAAGGCACAUGGACACUUAAAAGCUCUCCCAGCUUUCAGGAAUCCAAAUUAUGGAUUAGUAUGGAUGUACAGAAUCGUAUCUGUGUAAGGAGGAGAACUUCUGAUGCAUAAUUACAAAUCGCAGACAUCUUCAAAACAGAUUAUAACUUUACUUGGGUCAGAACCAUUCCAUUUGGAAAGGAACUGUCACUUUUAAACUAAGUAGCAGAUAAUGAAAAGAAGGUGGCUGUGUUUUGGGUGGAGUUUUGAAUUGCUCCGGCUUUCAAGCCUUUUUGUCUAGCUGUAUAUAAGGCUGAGCAGUCACCCUGGGAACUCUUGAGGAGCUGGCCUAGUCCUUCCUGCCUUGCCUUAAAAGUCCAAGUUGUUCUGUAGCUCCUAUUAUGUAGUCUGACAGAGGAUCCCAGCUCACAGGUGCUGUUCUCCGAUCAUCUUAUGGGUAUCUUAAGGAAUGUGAGAUGUGCAGAAGGGACGAGGAAUGCAUUUGAAAUUUUAAGCAGACAAAAAUGCAUCUCAAUUGCAAUUGUCAUUUUUCCAUUUUAAAGAAAUUGUUUCUCCAUUCUCUAAAUUUUUAGGUAAAUAAGCUAAGAGAGGAGUAAUGAGCUCCACUCAACUGUACUUUAACAGUGAAUAUGUUGUCUUGUCAUUUCUGCACCCUUUUCUCAACCUGUGUUUUAGAAUCUGGCAUAAACCUUGCAAGAUCAUUAAAAUACGUUAUCGCACAGAGGGCCUUCUAACUCAGAAUGGAGGAGAAGUAGCAGGAGGUUCAGGUGGAGGACAGUGUGGGAGUGAUAGAUCCAGGUCUAACGGCAAGGAAAGACUUCACAUGAAGGAUGUUUAGCGCACCCCGCCA